AUGGUUCGCCAGCGGCGCUUCGGGCGUGCUGCCGUGCUGGUGCAGGCCCUGGCUCUACUGCUGGCGCCUGCCUGUUGUUCUUUCGUGACUGGAGGCGGUGCUGGACGCAGGGUGCAGCGCACGUCCCGGCAUGCGGAGGAGCCGAACUUUUGGGAACAAGUGGUCUGGAGUGCAGCCGAGAAGCUCGGCGACGCGCGUGCUGCCGUGGUCGGCGGUGCCGAACCUGCUGAGGUCGGUAAUGCAGCACGGACAGCAGAGGAGCUCGUGGAGAGGAUGAGGAAAGACUAUGACCGCGACUACUUCCUCACUGGGGACAUAGAUGUGGCCCUCUACGCAGAGGAGUGUGAGUUCGCGGAUCCGUUCACCUCCUUCAAUGGCCGUGACCGCUUCGUUCAGAAUCUGAAGAAUCUGGCUGGAGGCUUCAUCACCGCCUACAGAACCAAGCUUCUGGACUAUGAGACCGUGAGCCAGACCGACUCGUCCGUAGAGGUGAAGAGCCGUUCCCAAGUCGUCCUGGACCUCGCCCUCCCAUGGAAGCCCACUUUGGGUUGGGUCUGGGGUGUCAUGCACGAGUGCAGCCGCAGAGUCGACGCCAGCGGCGAAACGGUCUGGCAGUGCGACGUGCAUCGUGAGUCAUGGGAGGUUUCUGCCUCUGAGGGCGUCGCGAUGCUCUUCCGCCCUGGCAAGGGGCUGCUAGAAAAGUCGAAGAAGUAG